AUGGCGCAAUACCAAAAUGGCGGUGCUGAGAUGAUGGCCGGACUCCCCAUGCACGCCCAGGGCCAGGAGUUUAAUGGGCUGUCCAUGGACGAUGGCAUGCAGUCGAUGGAUCUGGAUAUGGGGUCUCUGGACGGAGCCGAGGGCGGUCAGAACAGCGGCUUCUCCUUCGCGGAUCCACAGAUGCAGGCGGCCAGUGUACCAGCCAGCAGCACCAUGGGCGACAUGCAAAUGACAGGCGCAGGCGCUGGGCCUCUACCGACCGGCUUCGGCGCCCCCAACAUGAACCCCUCUGGCAGCACACUGACCGAGUUCACCAAGCGGCGGAACUGGUCGCAGCGCGUGCUCGAGGAGCUGCGCGACCUGCUGCACAUACUGACUCCCGACGGCAGGAUCCUCUACGUCUCGCCCUCGUGCAAAGCCCUCACGGGCUGGGAGCCCUCGCACGUCAUGGGCCGCUUCAUCAACGAGUUCAUCCACCCCGACGACAUUGGCAUCUUCGUCAAGGAGUUCAACGAGUCCAUCGCCUCGGGCAACCCGCUGCGCUUCUUCUAUCGCUUCCGCAAGACGGAUGACUCGUGGGCCAUCUUCGAGUCCCACGGCCAUCCGCACCUCAGCAGCGACCAGAACACGUUCGCGCCGCCCAACACCAUCAACUGCCGCGGCUUCUUCAUGAUGGCCCGCCCCUACCCGACCAAGAACGCCGCCCUCCUCGACUCCUUCCUCGAGCACAAGAUCGAGAACGAGCGCCUGAUGAAGCGCAUUGCCGAGCUUAAGCGAGAGGAGCAGGACGAGCAGGACGACUGGGCCAAGAAGAUCGAGGGCACUGCUACCUCCGUCACGCCUUCAGAAUCACACGUCACGCAGAACAUGAGCCAGGCCGAUGCCGCUUCCUAUGCCCAAAUGCCUCCGCCAGCCAAGCCCGUCAUCUCAAACACCGCCCUGACCCGCCAGAACCUCGACGAAGCCCUCGCCGCAAGCAAACCGGACAGUAUCAACGACAAGAUGAUGCGGUACGAGGGCGCAAACCAUCUCGAGACAAUCGAAAUGUUGACCGGUCUUCGGUACAGGGACGGCGAGCGCUCGCAGGGUAUCAGCACCGGCGAUGCAAGCCCGAACCUUAUUCGCGGCGACGCUGGCAUACAGAUAUCGCUAGACCGCGAUGGCAGAAAUUCUUCUGACAAGAAAAAGAAACUCAAAAUUGCUGAUGAAUAUGUAUGCACAGACUGCGGCACCUUGGACUCGCCUGAAUGGCGCAAGGGUCCAAAUGGGCCCAAGACGCUAUGCAAUGCGUGCGGACUGCGCUGGGCAAAGAAAGAAAAGAAAAAACAACAAGGUCCUACCAGCAUGCCGAGUGGAAGUGGCAUGAUGCAUACACCAUCAAUGCCAAUGCAUAGCAGUACGGGCAGUAGCUAG